UGUUUGUGGUGCGACAUAAUGGACUACGUUUUGCCAUCAAUCAUAGAAGGAGAAGAGAUGCCACCCAAGAGAUUCAAGAAAGAAGUAAAAAACUUCCAGUAGAUAAUGUACAACAAAUUCGCCUUUAUCCCAUCCAGCAGGAGCGGCUGAAACUCAGAAAAUGGAUGGAAACACGAUGA